AGCAACACCUGGUCCAACAGAAGCAGGCGGCGGGAUGGCGACCAGUUGGCAGCGCGGCGAGCCGCCUCGGGACGCCGGUGGGCAGAGCAGUGGUGGGAGCGGUUUGAAGAGGAAUGAGAGAAGCUCUGCGUUGACAGCAUACCGCGAUUCAACGAUCCUGCCACCCAGCCCUCCCCUGCGUCGGUUGCUGAUGCAGCUGGAGAAGGACCAUCUGAUCCAGUUGGCACUUUGUUGGAUUCACCGGGACCAGACCAGCCCUUCGCCGUCGAUUGUGCCGCCCCAGCUCUCCCGGAGAGCACCACGGCGGAAAAGAAGCGCGUAUGGCGAUUCAGAUGACUCGGACGACCUCGACGGUCCGAUGCAGGACGACACGGCAGCCUUUCUCGAUCUGCAGGAGGAACGGCGCGCUCGAUCAAUCACCGAGCUUCGAGCGCUCUGGCGAGACUCCAUGUCCGAUCUGAAGGUGCACCGCAGGGUCGCCGUCGACCGGAUCCUCGAGGUGGACUGGCCCCAGGGGCUGAGCUACGGCAUGAUCGCUCAGGUGGCCUUUGAGCAUCUCCGGACAAGACGGCAGCCCCGGGACUGGGUCGCAGUCUGCCUCGACUUUGACCGGGAGGCGAUAUCAAGGUCCGAGGUGCUUACGAUCGAAAGCAUUACGAAAAAGAAGAAGAAAAAGACAGGAGCGCCCUCGACGGACGCCAAGGCGAAGCUGGACCAGCUGACACCAGCUGCGCUUCGAGACCGCUUCUCAAAGGAGCUGAGCCAUAUGUUCAGCCAUGCGCUCCACCUCGAUGUGCCCGUCGAUCGCGACAACGUCGAUAGAGCCACAAGCUCCAGUGAAGUCGCGCCGCUUGCAGACGACUGGACCUGGCCCUUCACCCACCUCCGCCUCGUACUGUGCGAGACACCUGCCGACGUGUGCUCCGUCGGCCUUCAUAUCCUGCACUUGCCUCGCACACCCUGGUUUCUCAUCUCGGGGAACCUUGGUCGAAAGGGCGUCGAGAUCAAGGAGCAGUGCCUCACACACCUCGCCCACUCCGUCGAAGCGCGACGAAUGCAGAUGCCGCGAGAGAUCCCAUGGCAGAAGAGGCAGAAGAAUCUCGAGGCCGAUUUCGAAGUCAAGGGAUUUGGGAGGAUCUCGCAGAGCCAAGUUAGAGGCUCCGAUCCGAUUGCAUUGUGCGAGGUCCUGCAGAAGAACCAAUGGGUCCGCGACGAUGUAUUUCGAGCGGGCGAGGUCGGAGGCGGCAAGGGAAGAGCGAUGAAGAGGGGAGACGCCGAAGAUGGGCCGUUGGUCAGGGCGGAAAAGAGAAGACGGCAAGACAAGACUGGCAUAUACCGAGACGCACUGGAAGAUAGAGACGAGGAGGACGCGCAAGCGCUGCCUGUGGAAGAGGACAGAGCGCCGGUGCAUCCGACGGUGCAGAGAGUGGCCAAGCGCAGGGCGGAAAUGGAGGAGCGCAAGACGAAAAUCGAAGUGCAGGACCUCUUUGGGGAGGGCGAAGGCGAAAAUGAUGAAGCAGUCGAUGACGAAGAGCAGGACGAAAAGGAUCUUCCCAGAGUCGAGAGAAUCGAUUACGAUCUCCGACUACCGUUUCCGCACAUCGACGGCUAUGGGGAAGUCGACGACAGCUUGACAGUGGGCGUGGACAAGGUCGAGCCGAUCCACCUGCGCCUGCAAGGAAGCCACGUCCUGGCUGGCCUGAGGAGCCUGGUGCGGUGUGGCAUGGAGCGCUCUGUCGCGACCGGAGAAAGCCGGGGACUGCCGACGUGGUUGACCGAGGUCAGGAGCACAAAGGUCAAGGUGGGCAUCGCGACAGACGGAUCUGAAAGCACCGUCCAGGCGCAGGGGGAGCAGGGUGAAGGUCUGCGCGACGAUGUCUUCUCAGACGACGAGGACGAGGAUGAUCUGUGAUCUUAGGACUUGCCCUAUCUCAAUUGUAAUUUUAAUAUUUCCUCUCUUUCCUCUCGAGCGGAGGUGGACGAUAGACG